AUGGAACCAUUCAAUAUAACGCAGGCAAAUUUGGUGAGGCAACGAGAUUUUGCAUGGCUGAAAGACAAAUUUACGCAGCUGAAAAUUUUGGUUCAACUGCAGAAUAGGAAAUCCCUGUAUGACAACAUCACCAAGGAUAUCAAAUUGAAAAGUGAUUAUAUUCGACGGCGAUCAGCCGACGGCGGAGGAAUCCGUCGAAUAAUCCGCCGCGUAGCGCAGGAGCUUUCAACAUUCGCUCCCCUCGAAAACCAGUUAUUGAGAAAGAGUGAUGAACAGCAACCAACGAUCCCCAUCGUAGAAGAAGAGUGGACCACUACUGAAGCAAAAGACAAGAGAGGACACAGGAAAGCAAAUGCAGCUAAUUCCUUGGCUGUAAAAACUUCGGUCCUGUUAUUGCUGUUCUCUAGCGUCGUUUUCCAACUAUAA